AGCAAGAGCCCCGCGCAGAGCCGGCGCGGGCUCGGCCAUCGGCGCACCGCCGCCCCCGGGGCUGGGCUCGCGGCUGGCGGCGGAGAGGCUGCGGGCAGGACGCGCGCGCCCACCGCCACGGCCACGGCCACGGCCGGCGCCGGCGGCUCGGGUCCCGAGCAGGGGAAGGAGAGCGGCGGCGGGUGCAGGCGCCGGAACGGAGGGCGGAUUUUGGCUCCGCGGGCGCGCCCUCCGCUCCCUCUCACAGCCGCGCCAGACGCCGAGUGGGGCAGGCGGCAGGGAAGGAGGACCCAGGACCCUCUCCCCGGGCCCCUGGAGCUGCCGGAGUUCGGACUUCUGCAACUGUUGACACUUUGGGUCUCCGGUUCUGUUUUUGGCUGUUUACCUUUCUCUUCUGGCUGCCUGGAAACCCAAGCUCCCGUCCGCCUUCUGCCCUCGCGCGCCCACCCAGCGCUGCCAGGGAGCGGCCCGGCGCGCACUCGGCACCAUGAGGAGUCUUGGGACGUGCUUGGCGACUUUGGCCGGACUUUUGCUAACUGCGGCAGGGGAGACGUUUUCAGGUGGUUGCCUUUUUGAUGAGCCAUAUAGCACCUGUGGAUAUAGUCAGGCUGAAGACGAUGACUUCAACUGGGAGCAGGUGAACACCUUGACCAAACCAACUUCUGAUCCAUGGAUGCCAUCAGGCUCUUUCAUGCUGGUGAACACAUCUGGGAGACCUGAGGGGCAGAGAGCCCACCUCCUCUUACCUCAGCUGAAAGAAAAUGACACCCACUGCAUUGAUUUUCACUAUUUUGUAUCCAGCAAGAGUAAUGCUGCUCCUGGGUUACUCAAUGUCUACGUGAAGGUCAAUAAUGGGCCUUUGGGGAAUCCUAUCUGGAACAUAUCUGGAGACCCUACCCGCACGUGGAACAGGGCAGAACUGGCCAUUAGUACAUUCUGGCCUAAUUUUUAUCAGGUGAUUUUUGAAGUGAUAACUUCUGGACAUCAAGGCUACCUCGCUAUUGAUGAAGUGAAGGUGUUAGGACAUCCAUGCACCAGAACUCCCCACUUCCUGCGGAUUCAGAAUGUGGAAGUCAACGCAGGCCAGUUUGCCACCUUCCAGUGCAGUGCCAUCGGCCGGACUGUGGCGGGUGACAGGCUGUGGUUGCAGGGCAUUGAUGGGCGCGAUGCUCCCCUCAAGGAAAUAAAGGUGACCAGUUCCCGGCGAUUCAUAGCUUCUUUUAAUGUCGUGAACACAACAAAACGAGAUGCUGGGAAGUACCGCUGCAUGAUUCGCACCGAAGGAGGGGUUGGAAUAUCAAACUAUGCAGAAUUGGUAGUUAAAGAGCCCCCCGUUCCCAUCGCUCCACCUCAGCUUGCCUCCGUGGGAGCAACCUACCUUUGGAUUCAACUCAACGCCAACUCCAUCAACGGGGAUGGGCCCAUUGUCGCCCGAGAGGUGGAGUACUGCACCGCGAGUGGGAGCUGGAACGACCGGCAGCCGGUGGAUUCCACGAGUUACAAAAUCGGGCACCUCGACCCAGAUACAGAGUACGAGAUCAGUGUGCUGCUCACCAGGCCAGGGGAGGGCGGCACUGGGUCUCCUGGGCCAGCUCUCAGAACCAGGACAAAGUGUGCCGAUCCCAUGCGUGGCCCAAGAAAACUGGAAGUGGUAGAAGUCAAAUCUCGACAAAUCACUAUCCGCUGGGAGCCAUUUGGAUAUAAUGUCACUCGCUGCCAUAGUUAUAAUCUCACAGUGCACUACUGUUACCAAGUCGGAGGACAGGAGCAAGUGCGAGAAGAAGUAAGCUGGGACACAGAUAAUUCACACCCUCAACACACAAUCACUAACCUUUCACCGUAUACCAAUGUCAGUGUGAAACUCAUCCUCAUGAAUCCUGAGGGACGGAAGGAAAGUCAAGAACUCAUAGUACAGACGGAUGAAGAUUUGCCAGGAGCUGUUCCUACUGAAUCCAUCCAAGGAAGUACUUUUGAAGAGAAGAUAUUUCUUCAAUGGCGAGAACCAAUUCAAACAUAUGGUGUCAUCACUUUAUACGAGAUCACCUACAAAGCAGUCAGUUCCUUUGACCCCGAAAUAGAUUUAUCCAAUCAAAGUGGAAGAGUUUCAAAACUGGGGAAUGAAACCCAUUUUCUGUUCUUUGGACUGUAUCCGGGGACCACGUACUCCUUCACCAUCCGAGCCAGCACAGCUAAGGGGUUUGGACCUCCAGCCACAAAUCAGUUCACCACCAAAAUAUCAGCGCCCUCUAUGCCGGCUUAUGAGCUCGAGACCCCUUUGAAUCAAACGGACAACACGGUGACAGUCAUGCUGAAACCAGCACAGAGCCGAGGCGCGCCUGUCAGUGUCUAUCAAGUGGUUGUUGAGGAAGAACGUCCUCGAAGAACUAAAAAGACAACAGAAAUCUUGAAGUGCUACCCCGUGCCAAUUCACUUCCAGAAUGCGUCCAUACUGAACUCCCAGUACUACUUUGCUGCAGAAUUCCCAGCGAACAGUAUCCAAGCUGCUCAGCCUUUUACUAUUGGUGAUAAUAAGACAUACAACGGCUACUGGAACACUCCCCUUCUCCCCCAUAAAAGCUACAGAAUUUAUUUCCAAGCUGCUAGUAGAGCCAACGGGGAAACCAAAAUAGACUGUGUCCGAGUGGCCACAAAAGCUGCGAUAAUCGUGACUCAGCUUACAACACCUUACAUUCGCAUCGCCCCUGCCGCAGGCGACGACCAACUGACAGGAGCCGUCACCCCGAAGCCAGUCCCAGAACCCGAGAAGGAAACAGACCAUACUGUCAAAAUUGCUGGAGUCAUUGCUGGCAUCUUGCUGUUUGUUAUUAUAUUCCUCGGAGUUGUGUUGGUGAUGAAAAAAAGGAAACUGGCCAAGAAGCGGAAGGAGACGAUGAGCAGCACGCGGCAGGAGAUGACCGUGAUGGUGAACUCAAUGGACAAGAGCUAUGCCGAGCAAGGCACCAACUGCGACGAGGCAUUCUCGUUCAUGGACACACACAAUUUGAAUGGGAGAUCAAUUCUGAAAACUUCUGUGGGUGCCAUGGCUUGCUUGGGAGAGGAGGAUAUGGCAGAGAUGAUAGGGCCAGACCAGGGAGCGCAGGAAGCCACAACUGUGUCUUCACCCUCGUCCUUUACAAUGAAAACGAAUACACUGAGCACAUCGGUGCCCAAUUCUUACUACCCAGACGAAAGCCACACGAUGGCCAGCGACACCAGCAGCUUGGUGCAGUCACACACUUACAAGAAGCGAGAGCCGGCCGACGUGCCCUACCAGACCGGGCAGCUGCACCCCGCCAUCCGGGUGGCGGACCUGCUUCAGCACAUCACGCAGAUGAAGUGUGCCGAGGGCUACGGCUUCAAGGAGGAAUACGAGAGCUUCUUUGAAGGGCAGUCUGCACCAUGGGACUCCGCGAAGAAAGAUGAAAACAGAAUGAAGAACAGAUAUGGGAAUAUCAUCGCAUAUGAUCAUUCGCGGGUGAGGCUGCAGACCAUAGAAGGAGAUACCAACUCAGACUACAUCAAUGGAAAUUAUAUCGAUGGUUAUCAUCGACCCAAUCAUUAUAUUGCUACCCAAGGCCCAAUGCAAGAGACCAUCUAUGACUUCUGGAGGAUGGUGUGGCAUGAAAACACCGCAAGCAUCAUCAUGGUCACCAACCUCGUGGAAGUGGGAAGGGUCAAAUGCUGCAAAUACUGGCCCGAUGACACAGAGAUAUACAAAGACAUUAAAGUCACCCUCAUAGAAACAGAACUACUGGCAGAAUACGUGAUAAGAACAUUCGCUGUCGAAAAGGGAGGGGCCGGAGGUGAAGCAAACUGCAGUCCAUCCAGAGAAGUGGCACAGAGAGGUGUUCAUGAAAUCCGGGAGAUCAGACAGUUUCACUUCACUGGUUGGCCGGAUCACGGGGUCCCCUAUCAUGCCACAGGGCUGCUGGGGUUCGUCCGGCAGGUCAAAUCCAAGAGCCCGCCCAACGCAGGCCCGCUGGUGGUGCACUGCAGUGCCGGCGCAGGGAGGACCGGCUGUUUCAUCGUGAUUGAUAUCAUGUUGGACAUGGCGGAAAGGGAAGGCGUGGUUGACAUCUACAACUGCGUGCGGGAGCUGCGGUCUCGGAGGGUGAACAUGGUGCAGACAGAGGAACAGUAUGUGUUUAUCCAUGAUGCCAUCCUGGAAGCCUGUCUUUGUGGAGACACCUCGGUCCCUGCUUCCCAAGUUCGGUCUCUGUAUUAUGACAUGAACAAACUGGAUCCGCAGACUAACUCCAGCCAGAUUAAAGAGGAGUUCCGGACCCUGAACAUGGUGACGCCCACGCUGCGCGUGGAAGACUGCAGCAUUGCGCUGCUGCCACGGAACCACGAGAAGAACCGCUGCAUGGACAUCCUGCCCCCAGACCGCUGCCUGCCCUUCCUCAUCACUAUCGAUGGGGAGAGUAGCAACUACAUCAACGCCGCGCUCAUGGACAGUUAUAAACAGCCUUCAGCUUUCAUAGUGACGCAGCAUCCUUUGCCAAACACAGUGAAAGACUUCUGGAGACUGGUCCUGGAUUAUCACUGCACGUCUGUGGUCAUGCUCAAUGAUGUGGACCCUGCUCAGUUGUGUCCGCAGUACUGGCCAGAGAAUGGAGUUCACAGACAUGGCCCCAUCCAAGUGGAAUUUGUUUCUGCUGACUUAGAAGAAGACAUCAUCAGCAGGAUAUUCCGUAUUUAUAAUGCAGCCAGACCCCAAGAUGGAUAUCGGGUGGUGCAGCAAUUCCAGUUCCUGGGCUGGCCCAUGUACAGGGACACGCCGGUGUCCAAGCGCUCCUUCUUGAAGCUCAUUCGCCAAGUGGACAAGUGGCAGGAGGAAUACAACGGCGGUGAAGGCCGCACAGUCGUGCAUUGCUUGAACGGGGGAGGCCGCAGUGGGACAUUCUGCGCCAUCAGCAUUGUCUGUGAGAUGCUCCGGCACCAGAGGACGGUGGACGUCUUCCACGCUGUGAAGACACUGAGGAACAACAAGCCCAACAUGGUGGACCUCCUGGAUCAGUACAAGUUCUGCUACGAGGUGGCUCUGGAAUACUUGAAUUCUGGCUGAUAGCCUGAAGAGCUCUGCACACCAACCCUUCUGUCCCACAAAGCCAAGACCUUCUGUGGUAUUUGUGUCAAUGAGAUGAAGACUUCUCAAUAUGCUUAUUUUGCUUUGCAUAAUUGGCUCUUUUUAAGAGCCCAAGAAAGCGUUUCUAAAACUGCUUUGCACUGCCCAAUUCCCAGCAAUGCUGCUGCCUGACGGAAAAACACACACACAGCAGAGUCGUCCAAUCCUGUCCUCCUAGGCGUCGGCUUGUUAGAGCAGCGUAGACAUCUGGUAAACUGAAGAGCACAAUUAUAUUCUUAUGAAGGAAUUUGUACCUUUGGGGUAUUAUUUUGUGGCCCGUGAACCUUUGUUAUUGUUACGGCUGAGUGUACAUUUUUGUUUUGUGGAGAAUGCUAUCUAGCAUUAUGAUAAUAUAUUAUUUUAGUUAAUAUUUGUAUUUUAACAUGUUGCAUAAUAUAAGCUUAUGUACCUUUCCAAGACUAACAGAUAAACAUAUAAUGAACAAAGAUAUGUUGUAUGAGUUGUUGUUUCUAUCAGAUUUGUAUUGUUUCCAAGGGAAAAGCUUGGGAAGAAGUCAGUUCAAAAAAAUGCAAAGCUCGAUGAUCAGAUUCACAGAUCCAAAGCUUUUCCCUUUGUUUAUAUUGUAAAUAUUUUUGAUUUCAUCAAAUUAUUUAUUCAUUAAAAGAAAUUUUUGUGAA